UAUAUGGCAAAUAUAUAUACACAAUCAUCAAAAUAACAUAAAAGAUUAUUAUUAAUAUGUAAAGUUGAAUCGAAAAAUAUAAUGCAGAUUUCACAAUUUCGGCGAGAUCGAAGUACAAGCGGUAAUCGCCACGGGCGCCAACAUACGAUGGUCAGGGGGUCGUCUGUCCUCCGGGAUUUGAGAUCUCGCCACAGCUGUCGACUAUUAUAGCCCGCGGCGUUCUGUAAAUCUUUUGAACGGCGCCCAUGGUAACCUCUGUAUUGCAAUCUUAACGUGACAGAUAUAGGUACCAGAUUACUAUUGCGUAGGACUUUACGAUCGAUAUAAAAAAGAACACUAACCUCAAUAUUAUGUAACCAUGAAAUAGAUGCCCCACAACAAACAUGCGUGAAACGCUGAUAGCUACAAAUGAAAAUAAUACUAGAACUAUCUUUAAAAACCGAAACAAUCAACAACUAAAUCAUAACAUCGAUAUAUCAAUAAAAGAUAUUUUAACCAGCGAUUUACUAGUUUCAAUAGAAGUUAGUCCUAAUAGAAAUUUAAAUUCUGACGAUCUAUCGAAAAUACCUUGUAGUUUUUGCUCAGUUACAUGGCUUAGCCCUACAAGCGAAGAAUUGAAGAAUGUCGAUAAAAUACCGGCAAUUAUAUUGGCCAAGCAACUGCAUUACCACGGCCAAACUGUAUUGCUUCAUCUUGCUGGAAGAAACCUAAAAAAAUAUCAGGUUUUGAAGAUUUUAGAAAUCCUAAAGAACGCUGGGAUUAGGAAUAUAUUGGCGUUGCAAGGAAAUGAAUCCAAAAUUAUAGAAAAAGACGACAACAGAUGUGACUUUCCAUAUGCUGCUGAUUUAGUUGAAUUUAUUCGUUCUUAUUAUGGUCGUUUAUUCACUAUUGGCGUAGCUGGUUACCCAGAAAAUCAUCCAAACUCCAAAAGCAUCGAAAGCGAUCGAGAAUUUCUUAAAAAUAAGGUAUCACGUGGCGCAGAUUUUAUUCUAACUCAAGCCUCCUACAAUUACUCAGCCUUCUCUAAUUUCGUCAAACAAUGCCGGUCUAUCGGCAUAGACAUUCCCGUCAUUCCCGGAAUAUUUAUCAUCAGUUCCUAUGGGACCUUCAUGGCCAUGUCGAAGUUGUGUAGCGUGCCUGUCCCGAAAAAUAUCUUGAAAAUAGUUGAGAACAUCAAGGAAAGCAAUGAAACAGUUAGGGAGUUUGGGAUAGCACAGGCUAGUGAAAUGAUGAAGACAUUUUUGAAAAAUAGAGAACUGUUUGGAGGAAUUCACGUAUUUUCUUUAAACAAUUUGUGUUUGUUAAGGGAGGUUUUAAAGAGGGUGGGAUUUUGUUUAAAGAUAGAAAGGCCUUUUCGAGUAAAUUAUGAUUGUGCUAAAAGAUUUAUAAAAUGAAUAAUAGUCCAGGAGAUAGUGACGAUUGUUGGUACUUAUUUUCCCAGUCAGCUAGAAUUGUAUGGUUAGUAAUUCUAAGCAAAAUUCAUAUAUAUUUAGGGAGGUUCAGAUGGGUUGAGGCGGAAAUUGCGUCAGAAUAUACGAAAACACGGCACUUUUUUUUCUAGUUAUAAAAAUAGUUCUAAUAGUAAGAUGUAUAUUGAAGUUAUGUAAAAAAAAAUCGUCUGGCUAAUCUUUGAUUAUGGAUAAUACCUCAGGCAGGUAAAAAACUAAAAUUUUCAUAAAAAAAAUUCUACAAUUUCGCUGUUAUGAAGGCUUAUAUUAUGAUAACAGCUUAAAAUACAAUCUGGCUAAUGUAGAAUACCCCGAAAGCCUUGCUAGACUCGUCUAAUGAUCGGCAGGCGCGCUAAAUUCGGCACGUUCGAUUAUACAGGUGAUUAGUUUAACUACCUGGCAAGGUCUUCGUGAUUGUAAAUGUCAGCCAGACAUAUUUUCUAUAAAAUUAUAGUAUAAUCUAUCAUGUGACAAAUUUUCAAAUAUGGGAAAAUAACAGCAACAGUUUUCUAUUGCUGCCAGACUUAUUUUUAAAUACAGUUUAUGAUUGUAUCAAUUUAUAUGCUAAAUUUCAAGUUUGGAAAAAUAAGGGUUACGGAUUCGCAUAAUCAUGCAGUCAAAUUUUUUAAUUCGAAAAAUUUCAGCCAUAUUCACUUUCCGCUAUCUGAGACAAGCCAGAUUGCUAUUUUUAUAAACUUUAUGUUCUACUUGUAAAUGUAAAAUAUUGAUAACGGGGAAAAUAACUGGACUUGUAUUGUUUAUAUAUUUUUGAAUCUAUCCAAAAUAUUUAGCCAGACUGAAAAAUUUUGUUUUUUAUCACUAAGAGAACAGAAUAUUUUCAUAUACAGAGAUUGGGAAAAUAAGUACGAAAAAAAUUCACUGUCUCCUUGAC